AUGCUAACCAAGUUCCAGCCUAAAAAGUAUCACAAAGCAAUUUUACAGGCUAGUAAUUCGAAUAGUGAAAUUUACGGUGACUAUUUGCUUGCCGAGGUUCGACGUCUGGCAAGACUCAUCAUAGUUAAAGUUCCAAGGCCCACGGAUUGGCGAAAUUCCCACCCAUAUUUCUUGAUUGACCGCUUAGAAGAUGUAAGUGCCGAAUUUGCCAAUGAAGCGCAAGACCCGAAUUCCUGUCAUGCUGGUUUGUAUGGAUACGUCCGCGGUGCUAGUCUUCGGCCUCCUCCUGGUGGUCCCCGUUUACAUAUCGCCGGGUGCAAUGAUUUCAGCUUGCUUUUAGCAAUUCCUCAAGCAGACCCGUGCCCAACUCUUAAUCAAGUAGUGUCUUACGAUCAAAGAUCGGCAUUUGGUGUGCCGAGUCAAGAGGCAACGGCUAGAAAGUUUGUGAAACAUCUAUCAGAGAGAGAUCGAAAGAUUUAUGCUCCAAUGUCUAACAUCGGUGGUGUGCUUUUUGAUCACGAUGCUACCUACAUUGACUUAGGUGGCAGCCACCACCUUAGUAACUCGUCAAGACUCACGGGAAGUACUGGACAAAACACUCACUUCCAACAGUCAGGUCUAACCAGAGCAAUGACUGUCGAACUUGAGAAGGCGCAUUUCAUAAUUCCUGGUCUACAGGAAAAUUUAGAAGAUCAUUCAAUUCAGAUGCUUUCUGGUGCCCCCUUAAUAUCUUCGCGAGCCUCUCUUGACAGUCUGAGCAGUGCUUCAGACGACAGUCUCUCCUUGAUUCACGAUAGCGAGGAUAGUGAGGAAGAAGCUGAGCAUUUUUCCGCCAAAGAGGAUGGUGAUGAGAAAAUCAAUAUUGAGCGAGAGAAGAUGGAUAUAGACGAAUCAGACACUAAUUUUGAUAGUGAACCUGAAGCCGGAAUCGAAAUUUUCUCCGGCGGAACACUUACAGGCUCCACUCGGACUUGCAAUGAGAUCGAGGAUGUGGUGAGCGGAGGUCUACUCAUUCGGUCAGGUUCACAAUCCUCUACUACCGUUGAAAAUCCUCAUAAUCCUCUCAAGCCUGCCUCAUUCCUCAAUGGCUACAAUGUUUACGGUGAUGAUGUUACAAUGCCCUUAUCCAAAGAUCUAGCUAACCUCUUAUCUAGUUCAACAAAUCAUCUAAUCGGCAAGGAUUCUGUGGUGGGUAACUCAACUGGAGCGCCAGCUUUUGAGUCUUGGUGCCAAGCUGACCGGAAAAUUCUAAUUGCAGAUCUCUUCACCACGGGCGUUUGGGCACCAGAUGAGGAUUUUAACUCCAUUCUGGCUGCUGACUCACGUGCUAGGGAAGAGAUGGAGUCACGUCAGCAGGAACAAACUAACAUGAAAUUGUCUCGGCAUAAAUUGAAUGGAAAUUCGGAUAGUGAGGAUGGUGACGAUGACGACGAUGAGGAUAGUGAAGAAGAAGAUACUGAUAACGAAGCGAAUGAGGAUGGGGUGUUUCUUCGAGAUACCUUGGGAAGGAGACGGGGAAUUAAAAAAGUUAGGUUUGACGAAGACUCAGAUUACGAUAGUGCUAAGGAUGAAGAUGAUAUAAUAGACGAAAACGAGGAUAGUCCUGAAGUGGAAGAUCCAGCCAAAGAUUAUGAAAAGGUAAUUUAA